CAAGCCUCCGUAACAGAUUGCAUGCAGGGGGUGAGAGAAUGAGGAGCUGAAAAUGACACCUGAGCUAGCAGCUUGGGGACCCACAAGGAGGUGGUAAUAGGGAGUUUGGAAUCUGCAAGGGGAAAGGAAAAGCAGUUCAGUUUGGGAUUUCUGCAGGAUAUAGAUCAUGGAAAGCAGUUAGAGAUGGAGACUGGAGCUUAGCAGGGAGGUUAGGGAUGGAUAAAUAGAUCGGAGAAUUAUCAGCCUAGAAAUAAUACCCAAAUGCUUGGAAGCUAAUGAGACCACCAGGGAAAAUAGGUAGCAGAUUUAGAUUCUGUGUGUGUGUGUGUGUGUGUGUGUGUGUGUGUGUGUGUGUGUCCACUGGAGAAGGAAAUGGCAAACCACUCCAGUAACCUAUGGCCAGUAUAGUCCAAGGGGACACAGAGAGUUAGCCAUGUCUGAACCACAAUAGUGCAUGUGUAUAUGCACAUUGCUAGGGGAAAGUAUGAACUUCAGCUCUAGAAGAACCCAUGGAAGUAGCCUUCCCACCUUCCCAUCGCCUUCAUCAUCUGGGCUGGCCACUAAGACUCCCCUGGAAGCCUCUAAACCAAUUUGAAGAGCAGAUCAGCGCCAGGUUAUCCCAUAUUGGAGGCAGGUUCUUUGCCCAAACUGUGGACCAGUUUCCUGGGAGAAUGGCUGGACUAAAGACUCGGGGUUUCCCGGGCAGGCUCCGCAACUACUCCUUCCAGCGCUAGCGGAGUAUCUGGAACAAAGGAGACCCUUAGCACAUACUUUUGACUACGUAUUUGCCGAGCCGGAGAGAGGCCUUUAGCCUUAUGGACUAAGGGAGGGAGGCCUGGAGGAGCCAUUUUUCGGCAUCCUCUUGGGGCCAAGGCGUGGGGGGUGGGGUGGAGGAGCAGAAAUCCUCUGGAGUUCGGAGGGGGGUAUGCAGAAGGGGAAAAAAGGAUGUAACUAGUGGGAUGUAACAUCCCCGAGAAGGAACUCAGACUUCUAGGAGCCAGCCGAAGUGCGAAGGGCCCCCGGGGUGGGGCUGAAUGGAGGACAAUUAGGUGGUACUUAUCGGAGCCUUUGAGGUUUGUUUAUGCAAGCCAGAUUGGGGGGUGGACCCUGGACCUGGCCGCAGCUUAUAUAAAUCUCACCUCGGAGCUCCCUCCAGUCCCUCUCACUUCCCAACUUCCGCAACAUGACCAAAGCUCCGUUCUCCGUGGAAUGGCUGUCCCAGAGCAGCCAGAAAUCCUCGCACCUCGACCGCGGGGACUCUGAGGCUUCCGCUGGAAGGGAAGGCCGCGGUCCCCGGGGCCUUGCAGGAGUUACAGUUUUUUCGGGGUCCCCCGACAUCUCGGAAUCGCCCUCUACAAGUGCCGGGCCCCCAGACCUGCCCGCCGCCACCGCCACCGCCACCGCCACCGCUGGAGGCCUUUCCACAUUCACGCCUCCUCCCUCCCAAGAAUCCAGGUCUGUGGGCGAGGAGACCUCCCCCGAGGUCAGCCCUGGCCACUGCGGACUGGCCGAGGGCCCGGGCCCGGACCCCCCCGGCCGGGGCGCCCGCCGCCUUCGAACGGCUUUCACCACCAAGCAGAUCAGCACUCUGGAGAGCUCCUUCAAACGCCACCACUACCUGGGCGCUGCCGAGAGGCGCAAGCUGGCGGGCAAGAUGCAGCUGUCGGAAGUUCAGAUAAAAACCUGGUUCCAAAACCGCCGCAUGAAGCUGAAACGCCAGUUGCAGGACUUGAGGCCGCCCGACCCUCCUCCAGGCUUCCCCCUCCACUUUUACAGCCCCCUGCUUCUGCGCUCAGCACCAGUGCCGCCGCCGGGCCUGCCGUACGUGUACCCCAGUUCGCCGCAGCUCGUCCAGGAGCCUUUUGCCGGUGCCCUGCCCCUCCCGCCUCUGCCCCCUCUCUCCUUACCCCCCAGCUCCUGCAAAGUCGCCCCUCCUGCCAUCCCGUCGGUGCUGGCUUGUCUGCUCAGCGGCUGUCCAGACCAGGCCUCCUUCCUGAGGGCGAUGUGACUUGAGAGGCCUGUGAUCCCCCCGGGGUGACUGGUACCGAGAGAAUAAGGGAGCAAGAGACAAGAUCCCUCCGGGGCCAUAGUCUAAUGGGGAAGACAAUGAAAUAACAAAGCUCUGCUCUUGUCUUCUGCCCCAUGGAAGUACUCCACACAUGAACUUGUAUAUAUUUGCAAAUUUUUUGAAGUAUAUUAUGUGCAGAGAAUUAUUUAUGGACAUAUUA